AUGGCGCUCAAGGACAUGACCUCCGACCUGAAGAAGCUCGAUUCUCACAUCGACUCUCUUGAGGAUGCACUCAAGCCCCUGAUUGACAACCUUCCCGAGAUGGCCAACGAGCUUCCCCUGCUCGACAAGGCCAAGAUGUACGCUCUUACUGCCUACGCCAUUGAGACUCUUCUCUUCUCAUCACUCCGUCUUCAAGGCGUCGACGCCAAGGACCACCAGGUCAUGACAGAACUGAAGCGCGUGCAACAGUACUUUGGAAAGAUCAAGGGCGCAGAGGAGACACCCGCGCAGCGCACAACGACGGUCAACACGGAAGCCGCGACGCGCAUUCUAAAAGCGGACCUUGGAAGCAACGACCAGACGCUGAAGAAGAGGCUGGAGGAGAAGCUGGCCGAGGAGCGCGCCAAGGCGCUGCUCAACUCGAUGCAGAAGACCAAGAGGCCGGCUCCUGAGUCGCCGUCCGCCAGCUCCUCUGGCCCGGAGAAGAAGCAGAGGAACUCAAGAAGGAAGAGCUCCAACAAGAACAAAAUCGCCGAAACAGUUAGACGCCUCCGAGCCACGAGAGAUGCUGCGAGUUUGAGGUUUGCAUGGCUGUCUGAUACCAUGUUAGGCACAUUAAGAUCACAGCCGACCUUACUGCACCCUGACACGGAAGCUAACUACUGCGCACGCCCCCUUUACUACAUAUAUCUUAUCCUCCGCGACGCCCCAGCAAAAUAUCCACCUAACCAGAAAAGGACCCCUUCCCCAAUUCCUGACCACGACCAAAUUCGCCCUCCCCUGAUUGGCCACACCUCGCCACCCAUCCCCGGCCCGCCGAGCUUUGCAACUCACGCCGAAAGGCACCUCUACAGCUUUUGUUACCUUAACCCCGGGGCGCAUAACUUCUGCCGACUUCCCUCCUCAUCCACCCGGCAUUUCUGCUCUCUUCAAAACACCACCCGCUCCUUCACCUCACGAAGUCACGAUCAACGCUACCAACCACACCACCUCAUCUCACCCGAGUCCUUUACACACACACACACAAACCCUACCAAGAUGCCUCGCCAACGCUCCGCCGGCCGCCCCAGCGCCCCCUCGCGCCCUACCGUCUCGGCCGCGAAGCCCGCUCCCACCCAGACUCGCCCGGCAACGACCAUGGCCGCUCCCCCCCAACAGCACGCCGCUCCCCCGGCCGCGGCACCCGCUGCUCCCGCCGCCGCUGCGCCCUCCCAGGGCCCCGGCCUCUUUGGCCAGAUGGCUAGCACCGCUGCCGGCGUCGCAAUCGGCUCCUCCAUCGGCCACGCCAUCGGCGGCAUGUUCGGCGGCGGCUCCUCCGCGCCCGCCGAGGCCGCGCCCCAGAACAACUCCCCCGUCGCCUCGGGCGAGUCCUCGACCACCCAGCAGUGGGGCAACAACUGCGCCGGCGCCACCCAGCAGUUCACAAAGUGCAUGGACGAGCACGGCGGCAACAUGCAGAUCUGCAACUGGUACCUCGAGCAGCUCAAGGCCUGCCAGGCUGCUGCCAGCCAGUACUAG